CUCGGCGCCGCGCGGCUGCUCCUGCUCCUGCUCCUGCUCCUGCUCCUGGGCCCCGCCGGCCGCCGCGCCGCAGGGGCGCCCGUGGUCGCCGAGCUGCGCUGCCAGUGCUUGCAGACCUUGCAGGGCAUCCACCUCAGGAACAUCCAGAACGUCCAGGUGACGCCCUCGGGCCCCCACUGCGCCCGAACCGAGGUCGUAGCCGCUCUCAAGGACGGACGGGAGGUGUGUCUCAACCCCGAGGCCCCGCUGGUCAAGAGAAUGAUCCAGAAGAUGCUGAGCAAGGGCAGCACCAACUGACCUCGGGACAAGUAAGAAGCUAUUCUGGUGGUGGUUCCUGAAAGACUUAGAGGAACUGAAAAUGAAGAAGAGAGCAGCUGGUUUCUGCAGACAUCUAGAAAGGCCUUAAUGUGUUUGACUAUCAAGAGUUCUAUUUAUUUAUGUUUGUAUUAUUUAUGUUUCAAAGCUCAUAUUUAAUAUUUUACUUGUUAGUAUUUAAAGAUGUGAAUGUGUUUAAUCAAACAUAAUUCAGUCCUGAUUGUCUUUUAAUCUGAAGAUGAUGGGUUUUAAAUGUCUCAUUAAACCAGUGUUUAUUGGGAGAUCAUCAAGUGCCUGGGCACAGUGAUGGGGAGGGGGAUGAAAGAAGGGAAUCAAAGCAGGUAGACAGUGUGUACACAUCUAUUUUUGGGCUUGUUUAAAAGAAUGUCAGUUGUUAUUUAUUGAAACUAUUUCACAUUAUGUGGUCAACAUUUUUAUGUUGAAGCUUCCCUUGGACAUUUUAUGUCUUGCUUGUAGGGCAUAAUGCCUUGUUUAAUGUUCAUUAUGCAAUGUUCUUCUGUUUUGGAACAGAGAAGUUAAAACUACUGUUAUGUUUUUACAAAUGAUAUGACAAUAAACGUUUUGCAAAAAAUAA